UUGUACUCUACUUUAAGAUAAGACAAGGUACUUGACUAUAAACAUGAAAGCCGUCUCUAUGUGUCUCGCGUUUUUGAUGGUCUUAGGAUCAGUUCAGUACUCACAAGGUUCACCACGAGCCGCGUGUACGUCCGUCAUAGUCAACUGUUUUGUUGACCCGUGCAUGUUCGCUCAGUGCUCAGUGGCAGGUGCCGUCUGCAGGUCCAACUACUGUGGUGGCUGUAACGCUGAGUGGUAUGUGGGCUCCACCAACGUCUCGGGGUGCUGCAACGCUGUGGCUUAAACACAUGAAUUAAACACAACAUUUAAAUAAACAUAAACACAUGACAUUAAAGAAACAUAUGAAUGAACGUAAAUGUAUGAAAUUAACACAUUUGAAUAAACAUAAACAUGACAUUAACACACCU